AUGCUUGUUGCUGGAGCGAGUAACGGGACAGUCAGUGGCAUCAUGAGGUCGUCGUUAAUGAUGGAGGAUAGAGUCGGUGGUGGAGAUCCCGGGGGCUCCACCACCAGGAUGAUCUCGGAGGCUCUUGCGCCCCGGCUGCUGAAGAUUGCGCAGGACGCAGCAGCAGCAGCAGCAGCAGCGACGUCUCCAUCCACCUCCACCACCACCACCACCACCACCACCACCAGUCAGCCGCAGGUCAUGGAGACGAACGGGACCCGGUGUGGCGAGCAGAUCCUGAGCUAUGGCUGGUCUGAGAAAGUCCUGAUCGGAGGGGUCCUCACCAUGCUGACGUUGUCCACCAUCUGCGGGAACAUGCUGGUGGUCAUCUCCGUGUGCUUCGUCAAGAAGCUGCGCCAGCCGUCCAACUACCUGAUCGUCUCCCUGGCCGUGGCGGACCUGUCGGUGGCCUUCGCCGUGAUGCCCUUCGUCAGCAUCACGGAUCUGAUCGGUGGUCAGUGGAUCUUCGGACAGUUCUUCUGUAACGUUUUCAUCGCCAUGGAUGUGAUGUGUUGCACCGCGUCCAUCAUGAGUCUGUGCGUAAUCAGCAUCGAUAGGUAUCUGGGUAUCACCAAACCCCUGACGUAUCCCGUCCGUCAAAACGGCUGCUGCAUGGCCAAGAUGGUCCUUUCAGUGUGGCUCCUCUCAGCCUCCAUCACCCUCCCCCCUCUGUUUGGCUGGGCGCAGAAUGUCAAUGACGGCAGAGUGUGCCUCAUCAGUCAGGACUUCGGCUACACCGUCUACUCCACAGCUGUGGCGUUCUACAUCCCCAUGUCAGUGAUGUUGAUCAUGUACCACCGGAUCUACCGCGCAGCCAAACUCAGCGCCGCCAAGCACACCAUCACCGGCUUCCCCAGGGUAGGGGAUCACCUUGCAGGGGCGGCUCUUCGAGGGGGAAGAAGAGGUCAAGAGGCUCACCGGCCAGCAGUGUCAGGAGAAACAGGAAGCGUUGAGGGGACAGAGACUGAACAGGAAGAGGAGGAGAGCUUGGACUGCGUGGCAGCGGCGUUGAAGAUCCAGCGUGAGGUGGAGGAGGAGUGCAGCACGCGUGUCUCUCGCCUCCUCAAGACCGGUGAACACCACCAACGCCGGAAGAGAAAAAACCAGUCCAUCUUCAAACGGGAGCAGAAGGCCGCCGCCACUCUGGGCAUCGUGGUCGGCGCCUUCACCUUCUGCUGGCUGCCCUUCUUCUUGGUGUCCACCGCCAGGCCGUUCGUCUGCGGAGUGGAGUGCAGCUGUGUGCCGCUCUGGCUGGAGAGAACUCUGUUGUGGCUGGGAUACGCCAACUCCCUGAUAAAUCCCUUUAUUUAUGCAUUUUUCAACCGUGAUCUGAGGACCACCUACAGCAACCUCUUGCGGUGCCGCUACCGGAACAUCAAUCGUAAGCUGUCAGCGGCUGGCAUGCACGAGGCGCUGAAACUAGUGGAGAAGCCAGACACUGAUGCGUAA